CCUUUUUUCUGGACUCUUUUUUUUUUUCUGCCUCUAUCCCCCCUUUCGGACCCAAACUUGCUCAACCCGCACUAUUGAGCGACUGCCGUGAUUGAAGGGGACCCAUUUACGGAGGCCUCGAGUGCGUUUUCUUCUUCUGCUUUUGUCCGAAAAUAUCGACUUGAUGCCCUGGACCCGGGUAACUGACGUUGCCCCCGGGGAACCAGUAUUGAGGCUCUUCCGAUGGUUGACAACUCCACCCACGGUACUGGGCCUGAUCCGAUGCCCAGUGCCCCCCGUUCUCUUCCCCCCUUUUGCCAUAAUCUGAUCCGUGAGCAGGAAGAGCCGAAGAGGGUAUCCGUACGGACAGGUACCAUGGUCCGUAGGGAAGAAAAGGAAUCAUCAUCGAAAUCCUUCCAGUAUAUUCUCCUCGAGUUUCAACGAUACUUACAACCCGUCCCAUAUUCUCGGACUCCCUCCAUGUUCCAUUCCUCUCCACACACCCCUGUAACACGUCGUCCGCCUUCGUCUCUUUUUUUUUCUUUCAUCCCAUCAAUCAUCCCCUGGCUUCAUUUCGAAGCCCACAUCCCUCUAUAUACCCUGGCUCGUUUCCAAACGUCAACUCGCUCUUACUGGCUUAGUCUGUGUCUUGGCGGAAUAUCGACCAAACACCUCCUGGCCUGCGUUUCCCCUAAACAAACGAACCACCAUCUCUCAGCUCGUACCACACCACCAGUCCACCACCACACACCACCACAUGGUCCCCAAUGGUCAACCUUUUCCGUCCCGUCUAUUCGUGCGAUUUCAAGUUCAAGAUCGCAGGCCCCGGGUACCGCUUCACUGCCACCGUGACAUUGAGUCGCCCGUGCUUCAUGCUCGAGGGCAACCGGCAUGUCCCUUUCUGGGUCUUCUGCUUUGUCCCAGUGCUUCCUUUUCAGGUUCAUGUUCAAUAUACUACAAGC